AUCCCGAUAUGCUUGAAGUGGAAAAUGGGGGGAUGACUAAAGAUGAAUAUAUCGUCCAUUUUAGAAUUUGGGCCAUUUCCAAGGCUCCCCUUCUCAUUGGCUGUGAUGUGAGAAAUGCAUCAAAAGAGACCAAGGAAAUCAUCUCUAAUAAAGAGGUGAUUGCUGUAAACCAAGAUCCACUUGGUGUUCAAGCUAAAAAGGUUAGGAUGGAAGGUGGUCAUGAGGUCUGGGCCGAGCCUCUUUCAAACUAUAGAGUAGCUGUACUCCUUGUCAACCGUGGCUCUUGGCGUAAUUCCAUCACAGUGCACUGGGAUGAUAUUGGAAUUCCUCCUGCCAGUGUUGUGAUUGCAAGAGACAUUUGGGAGCACAAAACAUUGAAGGCGCUAUUUGUAGGGAACUUGACAUCCACCAUGGAUUCUCAUGCAUGCAAGAUGUAUAUAUUGAAGCCUAUAUCCUGA